CAAAAAAUGUAUUUCAUCAGACAAGAAAACCUUCUCUAUGUUUGAUUAAGAAGGAAGUACUUACUUAUUUCUACAUUUAAAAAUUCCAACUGAGUUCUAAAUGAUCCUUAUGGAAGUCUCAUCAAUCUGUCGUUCAAGUGAAUGUCUACAUUUCACAUUUGAAUAUAAAGUUUUCAUUUCGAUACCGUCAACAAUGCAGAAAAAUAUGUAUGUCUUGGUUUUUUUCCUGUUUACAAGUGUGUACUCAACGAACGUGGAAAAGUAUACGUCAAAGUUCAAUAGUGUGGACUUAAAUGUUGCUGUGAGAAAUGAGAGACUGGUUAAUGCCCAUUUUAAUUGCUUAAUGAAGGGCUUAAAAUGCACACCUGAUGGAGAAUUACUUAGAAGAAUAAUUCCAGAAGUCAUCGUAGAUGGCUGUGCACAUUGCACAAAGGAUCAUUUGGAAGGAGCUAGGAAGAUAGUGAGUUAUCUCACCAGAGAAAGACCUGAACUGAUGAGAGCCCUCCUCAAGAAAUUCGAUCCAGAUAUGAAAUUUAGGAUAAAAUGGGCAGCUUUCCUCAAAGAACAGGGUUUCACAACCUACGACUUCAGAUAGCUGAAUAAUUUUGAAAAUAUUUCAAAAAAGUUUGAAGUUGAAUCCAGUAAAAAGAUACUUCAUUAGUUUCUGGAAGGAAGAAAUCAAUGUUUUCUUGAAACUACAUGAAGUUAUUAUAUUGGCUGAAAGUUGAGAAAUUAUUUAUAUUUUAUUUAUUUCAUUUCCAUGAAAUCUUACUAUAU